AUGGUUACUCUCACUUACCUCGUCGUCGCUGCGGCGGCCAUCUCGGGGACCUUUGCCGCCCCUGCUGCCAAUGCGUAUGGGCCUGAUCUGCCGGACUUCGAGUUUGGACCUCACGACCUCGCCCGUCGCCAGGAUUACAAUCAGAACUACAGAACCGGAGGCAACGUCCAGUUCAGUCCUUCCUCAAACGGCUACUCGGUCACCUUCUCGGGCGCGGGAGACUUCGUUGUCGGUAAGGGUUGGUCGAGGGGUACUGCCAGGAACAUCACUUUCUCUGGAAGCACAACCCGCACCUCGGGCACCGUCCUCGUCUCCAUCUACGGCUGGACUAGGAACCCCCUGGUGGAAUACUACGUCCAGGAGUGGACGUCGGACGGCAAAGGGUCCGCCCAGGGCCAGAAGCUCGGCACUUUUGAGAGCGACGGGGGCACGUACGAGAUCUGGAAGCACCAACAGGUCAACCAGCCUUCCAUCGCUGGCACGUCCACGUUCUGGCAGUACAUCUCCAACCGGGUUGAAAAGCGCCCCGAAGGUGGCACCGUUACCCUCGCGAACCACUUCGCAGCGUGGGCAAAGGUUGGCUUGAAUCUGGGCCAGCACGACUACCAGGUGCUGGCAACCGAAGGCUGGGGCAAUGCGGGCGGGAAUUCCAAGUACACUCUCAGUGCCUGA